UUCACCGCACUACCCGACGCGUCCACCUCGGCUAUAUAUACGCGCGCGCACCGGACGCCGCCUCGCUACUCGACUCAACCAGUCGUCCUCGUCCAGUCCACCACCAGCCAGCCAGCCAGCAGCUCGCCGUCGCCGGCCGCCUCCCUCCUGCACUGGUCGCCGCUCGAGCUAGCCGGCUGUUGUAGCAAGAGCAACUGGAUUCUAUUCCUUCGGUCCGUGAACGCGCCGCAGGAGCAGCAGCACACACACUAGACACAUUCUCAGAUUCGUUCUACAGUACAGUAGCACAAAUGGGAGCCUGCAACUCGUGCGAGGCCACGGCGGUGGCGGCGGCGCCGGGGUCGACGGCGGCGGAGGCGAGGGUGGUGCUCGCGGACGGCGCGCUGCGGCGGUUCCCGGGCGGCACGCGGGCGUCGCAGGCCGUGAAGGCGGCCGCCGGCACGGCCGCGGCCGCGGCCUCGUGGUUCCUGUGCAGCGCGGACGGGCUGGAGCUCGGCGGCGCCGUGGCGGCGGUGGGGUCGGAGGAGGCGCUGCAGCCCGGGCAGCUGUACUUCGUGCUCCCUGCGGCGAUGCGGCGCAGGCCGCUGCAGGCGGAGGAGAUGGCCGCGCUCGCCAUCCGCGCCAGCGCCGCGCUGGUCGGCGACCACGACGGCCCGCUCGUGUUCCCGGAGGCCGCCGCCGCAGCCGCCGGCAACGGCAACGGCGCGCGGUCCGGCAAGGCGUGCCGGAGGUCGAGGAGGGGCCGCAGCCGCGGCAGGGACUUCGUGCCGGACCUCGGCGCCAUUGCCGAGUAACCGUCGUCGGCCAGCUAGGUAGGAGAACGACCUAACGGGCAGCCCGCGGCGACAAGAAAAUGAAAAAGAAAAAACAUCCAUCCAUCUGUAGCUACGCGUAAAACUGAUCUACUGGAGGCUUUGACUAAUGCUAGUGUAGUGUAGCCGUGUAGGAAAAGAAAUGCAGUUCAGCUUGCAUCUGGCUGGUGUCCCGUGUAACCGUGUACGGAGUAGAAUACGCGACAGGGUGUACGUGUAGAUACGAGCGUCCCCAUGUGCCAACAGCCGAGCAUGCACCGUGAUCCAAGGGCCGGCCUGCAGACGCAGACGCCCAGGACCCGGUUGUGUGUCUGACUCCCGGGGCCCGCAUUGAGAUGUGCUGAGCUGUUCGGUAUGCCAAUCAGCCAAUGUGGCGAUCGAUCCAAUGAACGACAAGCGAGUCAACGACUCGAAUUUGCCAAGUUGAUGCAGAUUUUGCUACGCGAAAAAUGCGAUUGUCUUGUA